AUGUGCACACCAGGCCUCAUACCUUUCGCCGUGGACCGGUCUGCUGACGACGACGUGGCGGCCGCUCACACUCUGCACGUACCCUAUGGCCGACUGCAACGAGGCGAGGAGGUGCACCCCGCUCUGGCAUGGCCAGUCCUGAAACCCGGACCGCAAGGCCCCCGACUGGACCGACUGCUGGCCACCACCCCGAACGAGUGA